ACUUCCGCGUCGCCGUGGUGUUCAGUUGUGAUUGGAAGUGGAGUUGAGUGAACUGCCCACAGAGUAAUGGAAAUAUAAGGGCUCUUAUUUGCAGCUCCCACUUUCUAAACAAUCUGUCAAACCUGUGUUUUUUUCUGUUUUCCUGGGUGGUCAGUGAAAAAACUGCUGGACACGAAGCAAAGUAAGGAGAGAGCGAGCUAGCUUUUUAGCUAGCCUCGAACUGGUGGUCUGUCGGAGGCUGCAGGAAACCUGGAUGGAAAAUGGAUUGUCUCUGUGAAAUAGUUCAAGCCCUUGUCGCUUUAGCAGCUUUAGGUUUGAUUGUGGUGCUCGUAAUAGCACAUUUAACUGCAGGUAUGGUGAACCUGGUACGCCACGAGAAGGAGAAAUACUUCCUCACCGAAAAAGGGGAGAAGGAACUGUUCCCCAGCCUGCACGAUCCCCAUUCCAGGGAGCUUUCUGUAGUGAUCCCGGCCUACAACGAGGAGCUCCGAAUGCCUGUGAUGCUGGAUGAAGCUAUGGAGUACUUGGAAGAUAGACAAAAACAAAACCCUUCUUUCACCUAUGAGGUCAUCGUGGUUGAUGAUGGCAGCAAAGACAAAACCACCGAGGUCGCUUUACGGUACACUAGGAAGUACAGUGCAGAUAAAGUGCGGGUCCUGACACUGGUGGAGAACAGGGGGAAAGGAGGAGCUGUGCGGAUGGGAACUCUGAGCUCCAGAGGAAAAUUCAUUCUGAUGGCAGAUGCUGACGGAGCCACAAAGUUUUGUGACAUUGAGAAAGUGGAGGCUGGACUAAAUGACCUCAACCCCAGACCGGAGAACAUGGCAAUUUCAUGUGGUUCCAGAGCUCAUCUAGAGAAAGAGUCUGUAGCUCAGCGAUCUAUGUUUCGGACAUUCCUUAUGUAUGGCUUUCACUUCCUGGUGUGGUUCUUCUGUGUGAGAGGGAUCAAAGACACACAGUGCGGCUUCAAGCUUUUUACACGUGAGGCUGCACUCAAGACCUUCUCCUCUCUCCAUGUUGAGCGAUGGGCGUUUGAUGUGGAGCUCCUGUAUAUUGCCCAGUGCUUUAAAAUCCCCAUAGCAGAGGUGGCGGUCAACUGGACUGAAAUAGAAGGAUCCAAGCUGGUGCCGUUUUGGAGCUGGCUGCAGAUGGGACGAGACCUGAUUUUCAUUCGCCUGCGCUACAUCACUGGAGCCUGGAAACUGCAGGAGCCUCGAAAGACUGAUUAGCCAAUCAGAUAAGCCCUUGUGUCUCAGAGACAGCCUGUGAUACAGCCGUCAAGCCUUUGGAUGAGGUGGGAUUACAACUGUGUCCAUCAUUCACUGUAAUCUCAGUUUAUCAGCUCGUUUUCUCUCCUGACAUCACUGGACAUGAAGUUACUGCACAGUUGUGGGUUCCUCGUGGUUCUGCCUUUUUUUGUGUGAAUAUUGGCUCGUUACGGCCACGGUUACACUUACAUCUCUGUUGCCACAGUUUACAGAAUGUAUGACUGAUUCAUGUACUAAGUUACUUCAUGUUUAUUUUGUACCCAAUCAGCUGUAAGUGAGAAAGAUUUGUAGUGGAAUGCGAGGAAUCUGUGUGUCAAGAUUCUCGCAGGAAGAAUGAAAUUUACUAAAGGGAGGUGGUUUUAUUUUGGAGAAAACAUGGCUGUGGUUAGCUUGAAUGACUUGAACCAAAAUAAAAUUUAAAAAAGUCAA